UUGAUGUCAUCGCCCCCUGUUUCAAGCGUAAACAAUCCCGUUGUUUGUGCUGUGGAUUCACACGAUCUCACCCCUAAUAAUCGCGCUUUCGCUUCACACAUUCAGGCCUAUCGACGGCACUAUGAGCAGGCACAAUUAAGCAUCCGUUCCGAAACUCAAAAUUCUCUGACACGGUCGUUUUCCAUCCCCAGUUUCCCCUGUUGUGUGUUUAAAAGCAACGAUGCUCACGUCGAAAAUUUCAAAAAUCGGUAAAGUGGUAAUAUGUGGUGGCAAGGGUGUUGGAAAAACCGCUAUGCUGGAGCAACUCAUCUAUGGCCACGUUACGAUCGAUUCGGAGCUGCACAGCACGAUCGAGGAUACCUACGUGGCCAGCGUAGAUACUGGGAAGGGAAGUAGAGAUAUGCUGCGCAUUUACGAUACUGCUGGGUUGCAGGGAAACGUCCAACUGCCCCGGCACUAUCUGCUCUUUUCGGAUGCGUUUAUACUAGUGUACGAUCCGAGCGAUCCUGCCAGCCUGGACAUGCUGGCCGGAAUUAAAAGUGAUAUCGAUAAGUACAAGGAAAAGAAAGAGAUGAUAAUUAUUGUGAUAGCAAAUAUGCAUUCUCGUCAAGGGCGCUUGACAAGUGGAGCACCGAUUAACGCCGCCCCCUCGACAGGUGGUGGUACACUGCUGCACUCACCGAACGGAAAUCAUCACCAGAGCAAUGGUGCAAACAACAGUCCACAAAUCAGCAACAACGAUCUAAUUGAAUCCAAUCUCAAUCGCGCCAACAACUGGUGCGCACGGGAACGCAUCAAACAUUACACGGUCAAUGCGAUGGAACGGGCAUCGCUGUACGAACCGUUCAUACAGCUCGCCAUCCGUCUAUAUCCGACCCAAACCAAAAGCUCCUUUCCUCAGCUCAGACAGCUUACGCAAAAAACGUCCAAAGUGGAUAAUAGCUAGUGUGCGGCCGCAUUUGACGGUGCGCGGACAGAGCUUUAUUUAUGUUGUUAGUGGAUAGUAAUACCGAUAUACUUACCCUGCUAAUUGGCUGUUGAGCAUAGUGAAACCAAAAAGUCGAGGAAAAUCUAAACACAAUCGAACAGUUCCCCGCUCUCGGAUCGUAUGCAUAUCAUGCAAGCUGUUCCGCUCGAUCGUACUGCAAACAGUUUUCCGCAGUACAAGUAUUUGUUGCAGUCUUUUAUAGCACACCUAUACACCGUGCUAUAAUAGCAGAUGGUGAUAAGAGGAUGUGGCAAAAAUCCCUGCAAUUAUUUUACGCGAAAGUUAGUGUAAUAUUUUAUUUAUGGUAUUAUUUCCAUCUUGCUUUUACUCUCCCGGUAAUGGGAAAGCUUUCCUGUAGCUGCAAUUAUUUUAUUUUACUCUGUGAGAAUCGUCUUAAAUCGUACUUAAAAAAUGCAAUCUAGAUCUGUAAGCAACAAUCGAAUCGGGUAAAUUAAAAAAAAAAUAAAACUAAAACAAAAAAAACAAUACUGUAAGUUAAGUAAAUGCAAACUUUUAUCUCUUCCUUAAAGUUGCUUAGUUUUAUUAUUAAAAAUUACAGCCCAAUUUAGUGCACAAUCCCAUCCCCCGGGGAUGACAUAGACCGGAAUAUACCGGAAUGCAGGAUUUAUUUUUCUUCCUCUGCUGUUGCACUGCUUUACCACUUUAAAAGAUACUUAAGCUUUCUUAGUAUAAUGCGCGUCCCGAAUAGUUUAUCCCAGAUGUCGCUGCUAAUACCGUAACCUUGGGAGAAAUUGGAAAGGAGCAGAAGAAGGAAACGAGUUGUUACUCAUGUUGUAGUAUUGUACUGUUUCGAAGUUAGGUUAAGCCGAUUGUUUGACAAAAUGUAAAACAUAUUUGAUAAAACAUUAUAGACUGAAAAGUA